UCUUCGCCGUGAGAACUGACAGAGCGUGAUCAAGUGCGCGAGAAUUGAUCGCAAUAAGUUAGAUUCUAUAUGUCAGUUUGGGUGUCCAUUGAUCUUGCUAUAUUUUGGAGAUAGCACUAGAAGAAGUGUCCUUCUUUGGUAAAAAAAGUACGAGAUCUUCCUUAUGAUUGUGGUGAGACUAAAGAUGUCGAGUGCUAAAAUCGUUUAACAAUUAUGGGUGUCUAACAACAGCUUAAUAAGCGGAAUAGAAGAAGACAAAAUGGAAAAGGGUAGUUGUCAACAGAAUUCGCCAUCGACGACAGAAUUUGAAGAGUCACCAAAUAAAUUUGCAGUAGCAGACAAGGCAUUUUGUCGUUUUUUGCUAACCCUAUAUCGAGAACGUCCUCGAUGGAAAUCACUUCAGAAUGAACUCGCACCCUUAUGGGCACCUCUUUGUGAUUAUGAGCAGAUGUAUACCGAGGUGACAGCAGAAAAUGCCGAAAAGGUAUUUGGAACUCCAGGUGUGCUAAAUGAGGACGCAUUGAGGAAUCUCAAACGGAAGCUGGAUAUCGCCCGCCAUAAUGAAAUCAAUAAACCUAAAACUAUAAUAACAGAAAUGAAAUCUGUGUUGAAUUCGGUUAGAAACGCACGAGUACAGCUUAGCUAUGACUUGGCUGGGAUUGAUUUAGCGGCUUUGGAUACCGAAGAUAAUGAAAAAGGGAAGCCAUCAAGUCACUUACGCAGCAGUUAUGUGAAAAUAAUUAAAGAUUGUGAUGAUGUCAUUGAGUGUCUGUGGCAGGAUUUAUCAGAGGUCGAUUCCAUUUUAAAUUCAUUUGAGAAUCACUUUAGAUGGCACGGGGCGGUAAUGUCCUCAAGACAUCUAGACCACAUUAAAGAGAACUUUUCAGAACGGUCAGCCCAACUUCUCUGUCCACUCCGAUGUUAUAUGGAAUUCCAGGGCAUCAAAUUGGAUAAGAUUAAGGCAAAAAGUAGUAUGCUAGCAAGCUCAGACUCAUGUCAAACACCAAAGUCAAGCAGACAACUUAAAUAAAAGCUAUUACUUC